CUUUUAUUUGAGAGCUAUCUGUUACCUUUUUCUUUUAUUGCUCAUCCGUACCAAGUAAUGUAAUAUUUGCAUCUUCUUUCUACUGCUUUUGUUGCUUUCUUCCUUCGUUUUUGUUGCUAUAACUUAUAAACCUGGCUCUGUUUCGACUGCUCUCAUUUUAUACUAAUUGCAAUCUCUUUCGUUCUUUGUAUGACCCGAGUCAAGGCAGUGCCUGUCUCUUUCUGGCUUCUACCCCGACCUUAACAGCCACAAUGAGGACGUCUGGGAAAUCUCAAAUCACCAUGCUAUCUUCGUUCAUUCUCUUACUCACAUAUUUCUCCCUGAUAUUGCCUGUCAAUUCAAUGGCAGACGAGCUUUCUACGCACAAUUCAUCCAACGACAUGGAUUUGAUCUCGUUCUUGAAUACUAAAACCCAGCGACACGAUGUUAUAUUUACGGAAGCAGUUAAACUGCUAGAGUCGAUGAAAUCCGCUCCUUCGUGCAACCGGCUCGCCGCAACCAAACUGGUGACGUCCUGUCAAUCGAUCAACGGCAAGGAUAACGGUCUUGGAUCGGACAACUACGUGAACCUCGAACAUAUUCGCUCAUUAUAUGCUGCAAGGCUGGCUGUUUGCGAGCUUGAUGGAGCUGGAGCAUCCAUUCCUGCGUCGUGUUCCCCGGUGGCCGUUUCAUCAACUCAGAAGAGAAGCUUCUUCGGUUUCUCGGGUAAAUAUAAAUCUCAGAACGACAUCGAUAUACCUCAGCACCUCCUCGAAUCUUGUCUAAAGUCGUUGGAGUCAAGACCGCAGUGGUGGACGUCUUAUAGCAACAGUAGGCAAAACGCUAUGGUGAUAUGCCAAGCGGCAAGGAUUGAGGGUGAAAAGGAAGAACUGCUGGACUUACACAGACAUAUCAUCGAUGUUACGCUCAAACUCAACCAUGGUCUUGAAGAGGCUUUGCGGACUGCGGCUGCAGAGUCUGCAGAGCAGAAGGCAUUUGUUCAUGCUAUUGAUACGAUGCGGAGCAGGCUGACCCGUGAAUUGGAAGACACCGAGAUACGUUUCAAGCGCUUCAUUAGUGAAUUGUAUCAUGAUGUCGAGUCCAGCGUCGAGUCUAUUGUGUCCAGCGUAAUGUCGGCUCUGGGAAGGGUUCACACAGGAACCGCGGCUCUCGAAAAGGAUGUCCGGAAUGUUUCCAACGAGGUCGAUCAUCUGCAAGAGACUCUGCGGGCCGUCCACGCGGAAACUCUGGCAAGAAGCGAGCAACUAAUGCAGGUACAUCGACAAGAUUCGCACGCCCAGAUAGAAAUUGCAUCAUCUCUUCGUUCAUCCUUGGAGUCGCUUUUGCGGGGCGACAUGGUUAGGCUGUCUCGGGAAAUGGAAACUUUUGAUACUUCAGUAGAAUGGUUGCUUGGAAAGAUGGGUGCUAUUCUACACCAGGAGGCCAAGGUGUCGGAGCGCCUUCGAACCUUUGAAACAUUACUAGAGCAGUCUGAGAUGAGGGCUGAGAAUCUGCACAGAGCACAACUGCUGCAAUCCGAAGCCAUUGUGUCACAAUCUCAGGCGCAGGAUAAUAUACAAACCGACAUCCGAAUCUCCCAGGCACUACUCGAUAAAGUGACCGCCACUGCAGCCAACCUUCAGACUAUGGUUGAUGAGACAGCAACCAAAUAUCGAGAGUCUCCUGUUUUAGGCGGAUUGAACGGGACCUAUUCAGCUUGGACGGUGUGUGCUCUACUUUUCAGCAUGCUUGGUGCGCAGAAUCCGAAGUCUGCCUUGGCCCUGCUUUUUAUCGGGAUGACUCAUCUCGUCGUGACGAGGGCCAUCUUUUAAUGGCUAUGCCAUUCAUAUUGACGUGUAUACGACUUGUGUAUAAUGAUGUAUCAUAUUUUACGCGAUAUAUUUACGACCAGUGACGACUGUACAACAAAUUGUUUCAUGUUUUAUUAUCUACGGGAUUUCUGAGGGUUAAACUGCCGAAUUCAUACGAUUUGCCUAUUAAUUGACUCAACCUAGAACCUAGGCAAUCGGGAUUGAUCUUACUUCUAUUUACCGUGACAACCAUGCUAACGAUGGA